CUCAGUAAAUCGUCAUCUUUGAAUCUCUCUUCAAGUUACGUACUACGCCCCUUGUUGAUAAAAACGACAGUAAUCAGAUGUACAAUUAAAACCUUUUUUUUUUUUUUUUCGUGGGGAAAAUAAGGAGCCAGGACGCUUUAUUUAAAAGCUACUGUAACUGGCUAAAACCAUGCAAAAGUAUGAGAAGUUGGAGAAAAUAGGAGAGGGUACUUAUGGGACCGUUUUCAAGGCUAAAAACAGAGAAACGCAUGAGAUUGUGGCCCUCAAACGAGUGAGAUUGGACGAUGAUGAUGAGGGGGUUCCAAGUUCAGCAUUACGAGAAAUUUGCCUCCUGAAAGAACUGAAGCAUAAAAACAUUGUAAGGUUGCAUGACGUCCUUCACAGUGAUAAGAAGCUGACAUUAGUGUUUGAGUAUUGUGAUCAGGAUUUGAAGAAAUACUUUGACAGCUGUAAUGGCGACUUGGAUCCAGAGAUUGUCAAGUCUUUUAUGUACCAGUUAUUGAAGGGUCUUGCCUUCUGCCACAGCCGAAAUGUUCUCCACCGAGACCUUAAACCACAAAAUCUGCUCAUCAACAGAAACGGUGAACUGAAGUUAGCUGACUUUGGCUUGGCCAGAGCGUUUGGGAUACCUGUACGCUGUUAUUCUGCAGAGGUGGUGACGCUGUGGUACAGGCCUCCAGACGUGCUGUUUGGUGCUAAGCUAUACUCUACCUCUAUUGACAUGUGGUCUGCAGGGUGUAUAUUUGCAGAAUUGGCAAAUGCGGGACGGCCCUUAUUUCCUGGUAAUGAUGUGGACGACCAACUAAAGAGGAUCUUUAGGUUGCUGGGAACACCGACAGAAGAACAGUGGCAGACUAUGAAUAAACUACCAGAUUAUAAGCCGUACCCAAUGUACCCAGCUACUACAUCACUUGUGAAUGUCGUCCCGAAGCUCAGCAGCACUGGCAGAGACCUACUACAGAAUCUUCUGAAAUGCAAUCCAGUUCAGCGAAUUUCAGCAGAGGAAGCCCUGCAGCACCCUUAUUUUGCCGAUUUCUGCCCACCCUAAAUGUCAGAUCCCUUCAGCAUCAUUUAGGAACACAGAUGGGCCAGUCUUACCUCGUGAAACACCUUCAGCACCUCCAGCUCAGUUAUCUGUCAGUUCCUGUGCAGGAUAGAGGGACCCUGAAACAAUCCUCCCUCCAAAUGCUUAUGUUUGAUAAUAUGAAUAUGAUUAUGAUAGUGACACUCUCUAAUUCACUUGUAGUUACCAAGAUGUCAGACGUCCUGGCCCUGCAGAUUUCAUUUGGUUGCCAAAUGUGCUUCAUACAUCUUUAAUGGUUUACAAAAUGCUGCUGUGAAGACUACUGAAAGCAGCUGGGUUUUUUUUGUUUUUUUUGGGAAAGAACAAAUGAGCAGUGUAAUUUAAUAAGGUACAGCGCACAUAUUUGAUUUAGUUUGUCACAAUAUUUAAUAUUUAAAAAAAAGAUACUUUUCCAUGUAUGUUUUGUUUUGUACGUUACAAUAAGGAUAUGGGGGAAAAUGUAGAGUUAUCAUUGUGUGACUGUCAUUUUGUAUGAAAGAGAUUUUAGAAGAAAUUUUAACAAUUCUGUUUUUUCUUUUUUUUCUUCCUACUAAAUUUCAGCAGAUCUUGUAAUAUUGCAAACUGACUUUCAAUAGGAUUGAAUUUGAA